AGCUUCCUGAGGUCUGCAGAGAAAUAACUAUGGAGUACUCAAAGCAAAUAAAGAGAUUGGGAACUGCCUUGUUUGAAUUCUUGUCGGAGGCACUUGGGCUCAAUCCUGACCACCUCAUUGGUAUGGAUUGUGCAAAAGGGCAUGCGAUUCUGAGUAACUAUUACCCUUCAUGUCCGGAGCCUGAUCUAACUAUGGGCACUAGCAAACACUCUGAUCCUGAUUUUCUGACAAUCCUACUUCAAGAUGAAAUAGGUGGACUUCAAGUAGUUCAUCAAAAGCAAUGGGUCAAUGUUCCUCCUGUGUCUGGAGCUUUGGUUGUUGACGUUGGUGAUCUCCUACAGGUUUGUUCUUGUUAAAUUCAUUCUGGUAUGUUAUAGUUUCUAUUUAAUCUAUCUUUCCUAUUCAUGUCUACAUUAGAUUAUCUGUGCCCCUAUCUAUCUUACUCACUAAAUGAGUUUCAAAACAUAUUCAUUUUUACUGCAUUUAUUUACGAAGUUGGUGUUUUUUUAUGAUGCUUCCUCAUUUUCCAUAUACAUGCCUUGUAGGCAUUUACUCUAUAAGCUACCAUUCUGCUGCACUAUAUUUUAUAUUGGAUUGUGUUUCACAAAAAAAUUCCACAUUGAUAACAUCUUUUUAGAUUUAUGUCCAGCCAACCUCAAGGUUGUCUAUGACAUAGGAAAAUUGAAAAUAAGUACUCAAAAGGAAGGAUUCACUGACCGUGAAAUUUUUAGCUACUAAUGGAUGCCUAACUCUCCACAGGAUCAGUUUUUCAGCAUCCAUUACAUUCACCAUGAUUCAUCAAUGGAGCAUCGUUGUUUUUUCUAUUUCACGUCCAUUUAAAUCAGAAGAAAUCCCAGCAUUGAGAAUAUCAUCAAAUGAUGUUGUAAGCCUAAAAACAGGUCAGUGUCGGGUAUAAGGAUCCGUUUGUAACAUAUUUGGUAUCUUUUCUUCUAAGCUAAAAAUUUUGUAUAUCCUGCUUUUUAUACCAUCUCAAGAUACUUGAUAAUGUCCAGUGAUGUCGAAGGCACAUCUUCUGGAGAACUUUCCAUUGGAUCAUAAUUUUCGUAAACAAACCCAUGAGGUAGUCUAUGUUUUUCUGUUUGCCUUCAGCUUAUAUCUAAUGACACAUUCAUAAGCGUGGAGCACCGUGCAUUGGCUAAACAUGUUGGACCAAGAGUAUCUGUGGCAUGCUUUUUCACACCGCAUCUU